AUGCCUCAAAAGCUGGGAUCCCCACACAAACCUUCUUGGUCUGUGCCAUCGACCACCUUGUCUUCUGCCCAUACUCAGGUGUUGCCCAAACUUCCUGUGCCGCCACUGCAGAAGACCUUGACCAUGUAUCUGCGGUGUAUGAAACACCUGGUACCUGAGGAACAGUACAGGAAGACCAAGGUGAUUGUGGAGCAGUUUGGUGCCGCAGGGGGCCUUGGGGAAGUCUUACAGCAGAAGCUCUUGGAGAGAAGGGAGAAGACAGCAAAUUGGGUCUUUGAGUACUGGCUAGAUGACAUGUAUCUCAACAAUCGAUUGGCUCUUCCAGUCAAUUCCAGUCCAGCUAUGAUCUUUGCUCAACAGAAUUUCCAGGAUGUGAAUGAUCAGUUAAGGUUUACAGCCAACCUUAUCUCUGGAGUGCUUGAUUAUAAAGCCUUAUUGGACAGCCAUUCCAUACCUGUGGACUGUGCCAGAGGACAGCUGUCCGGCCAGCCUCUCUGUAUGAAGCAAUACUAUGGGCUCUUUUCUUCCUAUCGUCUUCCAGGACAUGUCAAAGAUACUCUUGUGGCCCAGACAAGCAGUAUCAUGCCCGAACCAGAGCAUAUCAUUGUGGCUUGUAACAAUCAGUUCUUUGUCUUGGAUGUGGUCAUUAAUUUCCGUCGCCUCAGUGAAGGGGAUCUGUUCACUCAAUUACGAAAAAUAGUCAAAAUGGCUGACAAUGAGGAAGAAAGGUUGCCACCGAUUGGUCUGCUGACAUCAGAUGGGAGAGCAGAAUGGGCUAAGGCCAGGACCAUCCUUGUGAAAGAUUCCACCAACCGGGACUCUUUGGACAUGAUUGAGCGGUGUAUCUGCUUGGUGUGUUUGGACGCCCCAGGAGGCAUGGAGCUCAAUGACACUAACAUGGCCCUUCAGCUCCUUCAUGGAGGGGGGCAUGGCAAAAACGGGGCAAAUCGAUGGUAUGACAAGUCCAUGCAGUUUGUGGUGGGUCGAGAUGGAGUCUGUGGCACGGUAUGUGAACAUUCCCCAUUUGAUGGAAUUGUCCUGGUACAGUGCACCGAACAUCUGCUCAGGCACAUGAAAGAAAGCUCAAAGAAACUAGUUAGAGCUGAUUCUGUCAGUGAACUUCCUGCUCCCAGAAGAUUGAGAUGGAAAUGCUCCCCAGAAAUUCAGGGACACCUGGCUUCAUCAGCAGAAAAACUUCAACGGAUAGUUAAGAAUCUUGACUUCACUGUAUAUAAGUUUGAAAACUAUGGGAAAGAGUUCAUUAAGAAACAAAGGACCAGCCCAGAUGCUUAUAUUCAGGUGGCACUCCAGUUGGCCUUUUAUAGAUACCAUCAGAGACUUGUUCCUACAUAUGAAAGUGCUUCCAUUCGCCGAUUUGAAGAGGGACGAGUUGACAACAUUAGGUCGGCAACUCCUGAAGCACUGGCUUUUGUGAAAGCAAUGACUGAAGAAAAAUCAUCUGUACCAGACUCAGAGAAGAUGGUUCUUUUAAAAGAGGCCAUCAGGGCUCAGACAGAAUACACUGUGUUGGCUAUCACUGGUAUGGCAAUUGAUAAUCAUUUACUAGGACUGAGGGAAAUAUCCCGAGGACUCUGCAAGGAGUUGCCAGAGAUGUUCACAGAUGAAACAUACUUGACAAGCAAUCGAUUUGUCCUCUCAACCAGUCAGGUACCAACAACAAUGGAGAUGUUUUGCUGCUAUGGUCCUGUAGUCCCAAAUGGUUAUGGCACCUGUUACAAUCCUCAGGCAGAGCAUAUAUUGUUCUGCAUCUCCAGCUUCCACGACUGCAAAGAGACUUCUUCUGUCAAGUUUGCUAAAGCCAUAGAGGAAAGCCUCAUUGAAAUGAGAGAUCUGUAUAACAGACACAAUACUAUGAUAGCAAAGCCACCAACCAAACAGGAGAAAACCCCCAAACCCCAAGAAGCCAAGAAACUCUAAUUCUUUUCUCUGCAUCACUAUGCAGGUUCUGCUCCUCCCUGUGUUCUGCAGCUUCCAAACCCCUAAACCUGUAGCCACCCCAGCUUUCUGUGAUUUCUAAAUUCUUAGAUCACACUGCUAAAAUUAUGCUGAGGCAUCAUGAGAAGCUACAACAUUGUGAAGGAGAAAAUGCCAUUUAGUAUAUAUUAGAAGUACAAAUAUCUAUUUAAGGUUCAAACCAGUCUGUGGCCUGUGAAAUCAUCUAUCUUUGCUCUAUAGUCAGAAAUCAGGGGUAGCCUUGUUAAGGUGAAAGGUGUCUUGCUGAGGGUGUAGAAUGUUUAUGAGUGUAGAGCCUCAGACUUUUGUUUUUUAUUACUUAUUUGAGUACAACACCCACCCAAGUAAUAUUUUACAUAGCAUAAUAUGAGUCAUCCUAAGUGGCAACCAUAACUAAUUCCAUAGCUAAAUGAAUAGAAAUAACAUCAGGUCAUUCCUCUUUUUUAGGGAUAAAGAGUCAAAUUUCAAAUGAUUGAUUCACAUAGUUGGGGGGGGGGAGAUAGAGACAAAAGAAAGAGAAAGAGAAAGCGCCCCAUUCUUAAGUUAUAUGAUACAAUGAUUCCCAAAAAAGUCCAGGUCUAUUAAGAAUAUGAUGCCUUGGAGCUGGAAAUCGAUCCUCUCUUUGUCUUAAGAGUAGUUUGCAGUAAAAUAUUGAAAAUCUAGAUCUGCUGCUCAUAAAAGAAAGGAAAGACUUCUCACAAUUGCUUUCACUUCAUUGCCUUUUCACUCCCACCUAUGGAGAGAGAUGGAAACCUAGAAGACAUUAGAGCCAGCUGGAGAUGAAUGAAUUGCAGAAGCAGGAAGCAAGAGUCAUUUUAGUGGGAUGCUGUCUAUUUCUUGGGGGAGGGAGGGAUGUGCUAAAGAAGGGAUGUGCUGAGGGAAGAAGGUACUAACCAUUAAUACUUCUUCAGAGCACUCCUCUCCCCUCUCUAGAUUUUACCUAUAUACAACCUAAAAUGCAAAAAAAAAAAUAACAAUAGUAAUGAUUACCACUAGCUUUUUUGAGAGGGAGAGGUAUUAUUUGCUUCAGGGUUUGGGUUUUGUUGGUCUCAAUUUUCCAAAUCAAAGCUGAAUUUGGAAACAGGACUUCACUUAUCACACAAAUGUUAUUGCUUGCCAUGUGAGAUCCCAUUAUAAUAUACAUAAUGAGUUAUUAGCUACAUUUUACUUUUGAAAAUCAAGACAAACUGUAUCCAUCUUUGAAGGAUUUUUUUUUCUUCUUAUUCUUUCUUCAUCUGAAGUUGUAGUUUUCUUUGUAUGCAUUUAGAAGAGUUCCUGGCACACAUUACACUAUUAACAAAGCUUGUUAAUUUAAAGGGAUUAAAUCCUUGAGCUAUAUCAGGAUGUAUUCGGUGAUACCAUUUAGAAUAAGUUAUAAGUAACGAAUUUACUAUUUUCAAAGACCUGGAUCUGUUCGAAGCAACAAAGACAAGUUAUUUUCUAGGCUACCUCACUUUUAAUAGAAAGGCAUAGCUACUUAUAUGGUUACUCUGUGAUUUUAUGGAAUGUUUUUUGAGUUAGUUAAGAUGGUUAAUUUAACACAAGGCUGUUUGAACCAAACUCAUUUCUACCACUUAUAUAUGGUAGAAUAUGAACAUACAUUACCUGUGCAAAACUGUUAAGAUAAUUCAUAUAUUAUAUGUUUUGAAGUUAGAUACACAUUUUUAUGUACUUGGAGAGUUUUAAAUCUAGGUUUUGAUUGGCAGCAAAUCCCCCCUGAAAGGGGAUGGAAAGAGAUUAGAAAUAUCAAAUAUUUAUGCAAAGGCAAAACUGAGCCAUAACCAUAGGAAUACUUUUAGGUAUGUAUCUUACAUGUGUAUCUAAAUCUUACAUGUGUAUCUAAAGAGUGUUCUCAGUCAAACCUGGAGAUUCACUGUAAAAUGAUAAAGCAGAUUUAAAAUGUAUUUGACUUUCCCAUAUUCCUUAUAAAAUGCCAAAAUAUAGAGUUGAUAUUUUAGUCCUAUUUUUAUAAAAUAGUAUAAUUUAUGGCAAUGUGUAAAUUGUAUUUAUAGCCGCUCAAUUUUAAGUUAUAGUUUUGUGCUUUAAAAUGUGCAUAUAUAUGAUGAAAAAACUGUAUAUUGAUAAACAUGACAAAGUAUUUAAGAAAUAUAAAUCUGUAUAUUAAAUAAAAAACAAA